GCUGACUACGCCAUACUGAUAUCCUGCUCGAUGGGAGUCUAGGUAAAAUAUUUGCAAUUGACAAAGAUUAUGGCCAGUCUAUAAUUAUUCAGAUGGUAACUACGGCUGAGAAACCUAUAUUGCGGGUAAAUAUAUAGAGUGUAUUUAUUCUCAAGAAACUGUUGUAUGGAAAGUUAUGUGCACGAGUUUAGCCGGGAUACAAAACGAUGGUUUUGUUGAUGAGACGGUUCACGUCGUAUGCCCAACUAAACUCAAAACCGAGAAAAAGUAUAAGGAACAAAAAUCAAAAGAAAUAACAGUUGCUAUCUGUGCUAUGCUCAAUAGCAAUGGUGGAAAAGUCAGACUGUCUUGCAAAUCCAAGAGUGACUUAUGUGAAAGUUUAAAAUCAUCGGUGAGUCGAAUGCUGGAACAAUUAAUUAUAUCAAUAGUUGGACCUCGCAUGGCUACUUCUAAAAUAUGUAUGAAAGAUGACGAAGAAGGCCUGGUCAUUCAUGUUAAAAAAGCCGAUUAUUUAAUAACGACCAGUUAUAACCUUUAUUUACCCAGUCAAACACAAGUUGUUCAGUUAAAUCCCCGAGAACCACUAAAAAAUGUCUUAAAGGAUAUCAUGGACAGAAGAGUCGUUUCAGAACCUGUGAAACUUGGCUCACAUCAGAACAUUUUUCGUCGAGGUCAAGAUUCUGGUCUCAGUGAAAGCAAAAUGUGUCAAUUAAAGGAUCUAAAAUCAGAUCAAUCCAAACGCACGACGUUAGCAGAUCGUAUGACGGGUAAAAGCAAUAAAUUCAGCUGUUAUGUUUCAGCAUUUGCCAACUACAGGGGAGGUCACAUCUACUAUGGUAUCACAGAUGAAAGUAAAGUUGAGGGAGAGGUUAUUUCGUAUCAGAAUGACAGACAAGAAAUUAUAAAGAAAGUUCAAAAAUCCAUCAACAAGAUGAUCUGGCCUGAGUAUAUUGGUCAACCAAAACGAGGAGAACACUGGGAUAUAUUCUUCGAAUCAGUGUUAGAUGAAAACUCCACAAUAAUCCCUUCCAUCUUUGUGAUCGUUAUUUACAUUGCUUACUGUUUUGGUGGUGUGUUUACGGAGGAACCAGAAUGUUAUGAAAUGGUGGAUGGAAAAAUAAGGAAAAUGACGUUUAUUGCAUGGAUGGAAAGAAUACAUUAUGACAAGGUAUUGCGUUCACGCAGCAUUAAACGUAUCACGUGGAGCUCAAAUAAAAUUCGGAGCAUUUAUACUUUUUUAGACCACGUGUUAUCACAAAAACUUAAUACAACGGGCAAAUCCAUUCAGAAAAUCUCUAAAUCUCUUGAAUCAAAAUACCCCCGUCAAAUUAAGGAAGUAAGAUUAUUUGUUGGGUCGAAGAAAAUUAAGUUUUCGUACCGAACGAAUGAUUUCAGGAAUGUAGAAAAGUUACUUGAGCAAUACGAAGCUCUUCAAAUUGACACUACAGAUUUUGCAUUUUUUGACGCGAUACUUGCUUACAUAAAGCUUGCUUUAUACCGUGUCAAAGGAAAAAGCGACAUUCCAAUCGAAACACUAAUCUCUAACGCUUUAUCUAAAGCAGAGAUGAUCGAACCAGGUCUUACUACUGCUGCGAUAUAUCUACUUGUUGCUACAAUGACAAGUUCCGUUAGUGAAAUACCAGGUUACAUGGCAACAAUUCUUGGAACAACAGCCUUAGAACAUUUACAGUACGUCCAUGAUUCUCCCAUAGCACGAGCAGACUUGGAACAAGAGAUUCACAUUAGUUUAGCACUACACCACCUGGGUUAUAACGCAUAUCGGAUGCAAACUGAGAAGACAAUCGAUAGCAAGGAUUUAGACAAAGCAAAAUCCAGUCUUGCGAAAGUAGAUAAAUUAAUCUCAGAAGGAAAUUCGGUUAAUAAUUAUCGCAACACACGUUUAAAUCUGGCGAAGGCAUAUCAUCGAAAUCGGCAAUCCGAAAUCCAUCCUGAUGAAUCGUUGCUAAAAGAAGCUUUUCAAUUCUCAAAACAAGCUGAAAACCUUGCGACAGAAGAUCCAUCAUUGUUGCUCUUACGGAAUCAUGCAAAAUUAUUUUGUAAAGACAAUGUAUCAGGAUGUUAUAUAUGUUUAUAUGCCAAAGCUUGCACGGCGUUAUGUACUCAAAUUCAUUGAACUGGAACGAUAACUCAAGAGGGAAAAUUGAAGUCAGUGCUGCCAAAUGUCAAGUUAUAUUUCGUGUAAAAAUUUGGAGACUUUAGCUUAAAGGGAAACAUCUAAAAAAUAUUUGAAAAUUUUCCGGUUUUUUUGCCGGUUGGUAAUUCGCAGUUAUCGUUCUAGUCUACCUCAAAAUAUCCAAAGUAUAAUCUUUUGACUUUGUUCGAAAAUUUGUCAACAUAGACACUUCACACAAAACAAUAGUUUGGAAAUGAGGCGGGCAAUGUAAUCUAUUGUUUGUGGGAUGGCUUUCAUUUCCCGAGAAUAAAUUUUGGAAGUGCAUGUCUAUUGACUGCAAUGUAAUAAUUAUACUAAGUACUGAAUAAUGCUUGUAUAAUAGCCACCUAAUUAGAUUAGCCCUAAUAAUGGUUAUUUUGGGUGGCUAAACUCGUAUUAAUGUUAAAAUAAUUCCUUCGUUGUAAACCAAUUUUAACAGUGCCAUGCCAAAAAAUGGACUGUAGUGUAAACGGGGUUCAUAGUGAGUAAUACAGGGAUGCACGAAUUAAAAUAUGGAAUGUGUUUUAUUAUCGCUUUUAUGGCAAUGUAAAACACCGCAUACUAUAUAGUAAAGUGGGAAACUUGUCUUAUAUCGUAUAGAAAACAGUGGGCAACAUCCAGGGUAACGGCAAUUUUAGGUGUUGUACUUUUGUUAUAUGUAUUUUACAGUAAACGUUAAAGGCCAUUAUUGUUGAAAGUUAUAUGCAAAUUAGUUUAGUAUGAAAAUCACAUGUCACUAAUUUCUGGUAACCGCGUCAGUUGUUUUCGGUGCAGACUUUCAUUACUUAUCGAGUAUUUAUACUUUGGCAACACAUCCGUGUGUAAACAGUAGGAAGGAGAAUAAUGUGCAUUGUAACGAUGCGCGCGCUGGGUACCAACAGCCCCUGGAGUUGAACUUGCAUAGUUGUCAUAUAGUUACUGUAGUCGUUGUUAGAACGAACAAUAAAAAGGAUUUGAUA